GCUUAGUCUCUGAACCAUGGCCCAGAACCAAUGAUCUUUUCUUUUCUACUGCAAACAGUAGAGCUCACUGGAUUUGAAGGUUUUGGUGCUGCUUUUCAUUCCCCUGUACUUCUUUCAAUUGAUCCCUUUCAGAGACUGGUUACCAAGAAAUGGAUACUAGCCUUGCUGAGGAUGGUUACAGUUCCAAAUGCAAAACUCUGGAUGAUGAUUUUGGCUGCUGGAGUCUCAUUAAUGGUUCAAGCAGUAAUUUGGUGGUCAUGAUGUGGUUUGCAAAGAUAUUUCAGAAUCUGGUGAUUCAUUUUAGGACAAAUGCUUCUUCUUGUUCUUCAGAUAUAGUACACUUCAUUAAACCCAAUCUGGAGCUGUCAGGCUGCCAACAAAGCGAUACUGACAUUAAGUUUUAUAAAAGAGCAUCUUUACUUGGCACUUUCUGCUGAGUACAAAGUAUCACAUCAGCAGUUCACAUUUAAAUCGAGUGAAGCAGCAGCAGCAGCACACCUCUUCUACCUACACAUGUGGGCUGCAGCCUUGGCUGGGAGCAUUUUGGCAGCCUGAACCAUUUCCUUGUGGCCUCAACUUUUUGGUCACCUCAUUCGUUCAGAGAUCCAAAAUCCUAGGAGGUGUGUUGUAAUCGUGUUGAGUUUGGUGCUAGGGCCCCAAAAAGCUUUAAAAUCAGUUCUUCAAACUAAAAAUAAUCCUAAAACACUAUUCGGAAAGAGUGAAAAUUACCUGAAACUUUUUUUGUGGAUGCUUGUUGGUGUAAGAUUGCUGGUGUUAAGACACUGAUAUAAAAUUUAUGAAAAGGAAUUAGGAAAAAAGGCACCAACCAAAGAAUUCUCAGCCCUGAUCUGGCCUUUCUGGUUUGCAUAUGACAAUGAAGGUUGGCCUUAUCUAGAAUGAUUGGCUCAACUUUUUUCUCUAUCAGGUACAGAUUUUAUAAUAAUUUUGGAGAAUGAUGCUUCUAAACACUCCACAGGGAACAAUUGCUUAACAAUGUGACUAGGGAUGAAGCUGGGUUUUUAUACAGGCUUUGGUGAAAGCACAAGGGAUCACACUUGGGGAUGAGUGAUUAUGGCUUUGUAUCCAAUUGGGAAAUCAGAUCACCACCCUCUUCCAUCCCCAGCAGGGGAGAUUGCUCUAGCCAUAACAAUGACUAUUAACCUCACCAAUGGAUUGGAGGAUUUUGUUGUUGCUUACUUUGGGAAUGAUGAGUGUACCAGAACCAGUUACAGAAUGUCUGUACAUGUUCCAGAGUCCAUGUGGGGACUAGAGAUUGCACCAGCUGAGCACAAUGCCCACCUGCGUGAUACCCCCCUCCUCCCUCCCCAACAAUAUAACCAUUCCUCCCAUCUCCAUUUCCUUCCCCUCCCUCCCCCCCUCCCCCCGCCACCUGCUGUUGAUGAGGACACUGACAGCACAGAUCCUGACAGAUGGUGGGAGUAUAUCAUGGAUCGUGGGCUAAUAAGGUUGGGUUAUACAUGGAUCUCUCAUGCUGGCCAGAGUGACUCUGAACUUCAGGAGGCCAAAUUCAGGAUUCCUAAUGACCCUAUCAAUUAUAUGGACUACCAAAAAUAA